ACUCUGUCAAAUCGCAUACAUGUCAGGGGUAAAAGUAACGUUUAGACAAAAGCCCACAAAGACGGUCGAGGAAGGAGUGUUUGUUUGCACAACGUUCCACUCUGCCAUAAAAUAGGCUAGAAAUCACGCAUAGGCUAUUGUUUCGCUGAGCACCAAAGAAAAAGAUGAUAUUAAUAUGGAAAUGGUUCAUUUAUCUGUCAAUGCCAUGUUUAUUUUGCUUUGCGUUCAUGCAAUUUGUCUUUCUCACGCUUCUGAAUUUGAUUUCACGAAGCUUGACCAAGAAACUUAUCUUAAAAAUGGGCGAAAAGGUAACUAUGACCCAGAAUCCGAAGUUCAAGUAUGAAGAUUGGGGACCGACUUUUAUGUCAUGGAAUUUUGUCAAGACCAUCCUAGGGCACAUGUGGACUAAUGUCGGUCAAGAAGCUUUUGUGGGCAACAAUGCUCCCGACUCACCAGUGAUUACAUUGGACGGCAAGAUUACCAGUAUCUACAACUAUUUGAAAGACAACAGACCACUGGUGUUGAGUUUUGGAAGUUGUACUUGACCCCCGUUCAUGUAUAAACUUUGCGAGUUCAAGCAACUCGUCAAGGACUUCGGCGAUGUGGCAGACUUCCUGGUGGUCUACGUUGCCGAGGCGCAUUCAACAGACGGUUGGGUCUUUGCCAACAACUUUGACAUUACUAAACACCGAAACCAGGAGGAGCGGCUGGCUGCAGCACAGUUCCUGGUCAAAGAGGACCCCCUGUGCCCCAUCGUAGUGGAUGAAAUGAAAGACACCACAGCUAGUAAAUAUGGUGCUAUUCCAGAGCGGCUGUAUGUGCUGCAGGCAGGAAAGGUUGUUUAUAAGGGAAAGAUUGGGCCAAGAGGCUACAGCCCUGAGGAGGUGCGCUCCUUCCUGGAGAAAAUGAAGUAGGAAGAGGUGAAUCACAUCUGUCAUUUUAACUAUUUUUCUGUUAUUUUUUUGUUAUCUUGUCUCAUAUUAUUAUGUGUAAUUCUGCUCUCUGGCAUCCCAAUUAUCCACCUUUAUAGUUUGGAGACUGUUUUUUAGUGACAGACACAGAUCAAGCCUAUGGCCUCUGUAACCCGAUGAGGAGACACCUGGAGAGAGACCAUUCAAUCAGAAUGGAUGGGUUGAUAAAACAAGGAACUUAUCAUAGGAAGUAAAGGUGGUUGUUAAUUCUGACCUUGAGUAAAAAAUGACCUUUAUCCAAAUAUGCAGUUCAGGUCAGAGUUGUUAUAUUGUAUUGACAUAACUGCACUAUCAUAACUUUUCUAAGGGCCGAGUGUGAAACAAGCCCUUUGCCUGCUAGAUUAUCAAUAUGCAUUUCGUACGGGAUCUUGUACUUCACAAAACAUUAAGAAUUUCUCAAAUGUAGGUAGGUCUAGUUGAUGUGUAAUAGCCGUAUAGUAAUUGCACUGGCAUAUCUGUAACCAUUCUCUUGAUACAUUGUCUAUGAAUGUUCAUAAGUUACUUUGGGAUACAACUGCUUUUUCCAUGAUGAUUACAGUGCAAACCUCUGGUCAUUGUAAUUUGAUGAACUGAAAGCAGUUUUGUUGCUAAAUAAUUUAGGAGCAUUUAGAGCAUGUUGUUGUGGUGAUUGAGGAUAUACCUGCUUAUUAAAAACUCUUCAUGAACUGA